UGCUGCUGAAUCAGCCCAUGCCUAACGCACACGCCUUCUGGGGCAACGAGGACAACCGCGCCAACCGCAAGUCAAGUGGCGAACCAGAAUCAUCCAUGGCCAAGAACGAGAUCGUAAACCAAAAGAAUCUCAAGAAUGCGUGGGAGGCAUCGCAGAUCACCACCAAAGAGGACUGGAACGAAUGGAUUAGACGGCUGAGUGUACAGCUGCUCAGGGAGAGCCCUUCACCAGCACUACGAUCAUG